UAGGACAAGAUACACACUCACAUGACCAGAUUUCGCAUGACAUGGGUCAACUUGAUUGAAUAUCAACAUUUCAGCUAACACAAGACUUGAUCAAUAGUGGCGAAAUGGCUUCCAAUCUGGAGGGCUCAAUUCACAGAGGAUCAGACUUGUUCUAUGAAUUUUAUUGUUUCAUCUGUCAAGAAAAUGAAAGAAAUACAGAGGCUGAAUUCCACUGUGAGGAAUGUUCUAGAUUUUACUGUAGCAAAUGUGUAGAGUACCAUAACUAUCUUUACAAGAAGCACACAAUUCUGGGCAAGGAAAACAUCAGCCAGUGGCAGGAGACCAGUGUGGAUACACUAGAGCAAUGUCAGGAGCACAAGAGGGAACUGACAGGCUUCUGUGAGGACCACAAUCAGCUGGUAUGUCACGCCUGCCAUAUCAACAAUCAUCAGAAAUGCAGUCAUGUGGUACUUAUAGCUGACAAAGUGAAAGACCUUCAUCAAAAAGGAGACUUUGAACAUUUGUCAGCAACUGUUAAUACGCAACAACAGCUGUUGAAAAACAUGAAAGAUGACUUUGAGAAAAAUAUGAAGUCUCUUGAGAAAUCUUACAAAAAAAUUAUGGAAGAAAUCUAUGCUUUACGCAAGUCAAUUAAUGAUUCCUUGGAUCUUCUGGAGAAGAAUACCAAUAAGGCGUUGGAAACAUUAUUAGCCACCAUGAGGACAUCUAUUCAAACUGACAUUGAAAUCUGCUUAAAGUCCAUCACUAAUAUAACAUGCUUAAAAGAAGAUUUGCAAACAAGAAAAGACAAAAGUGAAGCACUGAGUUUUAUAAAGUAAAGAAAAUGCCUUGACCAGUCCAAUAAGGUAGAAGCAGUUUUACAAGCAAUGACAACAAAGAAUGAGAGGACACUUACCUUUAAUCCUGCUACAACCAUCCAACAAACCCUGUCCACCCUCUCAGGAUUGGGACAAAUAAUCGACAAAGUGAAACCUGCUAAAAGGAAAACACAGAAUACAGUUACCAGAAAGAGUACACUUACAGCAUCCAGCAAGUCUGACCCUAAAAGUCAAAUAACUCCAGGAUUCAAGGUACAACAGUCCAUUCCAGAAUACAGUUCAUCUCCACAGUACAGCACUGGAAACCAAACAAGUGAUGUGACCAAGUCAGGCCAGGUGUCUGAUCCAGUAUCAAGUUCAUCACACACGCUGGUCCAGGGAUAUCAACCAGGGACAGUAAGCGAGUCUGAUACAAUCAUAAAAAUGGAGAGAAGUAAGAAGUAUAAUGUGAAGAUACCUUUGGAAUGGAGGAAUUCAGUAAAAUGUAGUGUAUCAAGCAUCUGUGAGACAGCUAAUGGAGAACUCCUCAUCACAGACUAUUUUAACAACCGUGUAAAGCUCCUGAAUCAGACCUACAAGGUGGUGGCAUACUGUGACUUGCCUGGUAGGCCAUUUUCCAUUUGCAGCAUUGACUCAAGUCUUGUGGCUGUUACUCUGAGGAACAGAGAGGUCCAUUUCAUCAGAGUGACCAAUGAUCAGCUGGUAAAGGACAAGAUACUGAAGCUCAAACAUUACUGCUAUGGCAUUGCCCAUCACAAAGGUAACCUGUACAUUACAGAUAGUGGAGCUCUGUAUUGCUAUACUGUGGAUGGAAGACUGGUGAGCGAGAUGUAUGAAGAAACAUCAGGUGGAAUCACAGUUAAAACCUGUGCAGUGAGUCCAGAUGGAGAAAGGAUAUAUGUGGCCAAGUGGAUCAGUAAUCAGCUGGUCACACUGUCCAGGGAUGGCACAGUAAUCUCCACAUUCACUGACCCUGCACUGGACUGGGGAGAUUUGGGUGUCCUAUCUGUCCUCCAUGUGACAGACUCAGGACAAGUUCUGGUGUGUGGAAUAGGGUCCCACAAAAUCAUCCAGGUAGACAGGGAUGGGAGACAGAGACUGGCAGAGGUAGUCACAAAGAAGGAUGGUGUACAUAACCCUACAUCUGUCUACUACAGGAAGCAUACAGGCUCACUCAUUGUGGGAAUGUAUAAUAAUUAUGACCUAUUAGUGUUUGAGGCACAGUGACUGUUGGAGUAGGAUGAUGCUCAUUUAUAAUAAUAAAUACAUUCAUAUAUAGAGCUGUCAUUUAAUAUGGUGUUACAGUUUUGUAUACAGUGACACAGUGACUGUUGUAAUAGGACAGAUUUAUUAUUUGCCUGUAUGAAAAUAAAUGAGAAAUUUCCCAUGAAACCAGUAUUUACCAUACCAAUAUCAUUAUAAGAUUUGAAUUGAACGAUGUUCAUAUAUUAUGCACACAGGAAAUAACUAUUUAUUUUUUGGUAGAAUGAGGAAUUUGCAAGGAUUUUGUAUGAGAGAAUUUGUUUACUUAUUCAUUAUAUGUGUAUAUUAUUAUUAUUUUGUUCAUAAAGUGCAUGUUAAGUACUGUUAUCACUUUUUUAUGAAUAUUGUCAAAGUCAGUGUGUCAGAUCACAGGUGGUUAGCGUGUUGCUAUGAUAUUAACUAGUGAAAACAUCAUUUUGA